GCGAAAAGCACCAUUCACUGUGUCAGUGAGAACGGCAGAUUGUAUCCCACUGGCUCAGAAAGGGAAAUACUGUAUGCCACUGCUGCUGAGGAGACAUAGCGUAGCUCAUUGCUUCAGUGAGAAAGAAAUACUAUCUCACUGGAGGGACAUAUUGUAUCCCACUGCUGUUGAGGGGGAGGGGGCAUAGUGUAGCUCACUUCCUCAAUGAGAAGGACAUACUGUAUCUCUACCUCUGAGGGUUAUACUGUAUCCCAUGCCUCUGAGAGAGGAAUAUACCGAAUCCCACUUCCUCCGUGAGGGACAUAGCCCACUGAUCAGUGAAAGGAACAUCGCGUAUUCCAUAUUCUGUGAGGAUAUACUUUAUCCCACUGCUUCAGUAAGAGGGAUAUUGUCCCGUUACCUCAGCGAGAGGGACAUGGUAUAUUCUGCUGCCUCUCCGAGAGGACAUUAUCUCACUGCCUCAGUGUGAGGCUUCCUGUCCCUCUGUCUGAGAGGGGUUACUGCCUCAGUCAGAGGCCAGCGACCCGCGGAUUCGCUGAGAAGAUCAUUGUUCCUCUACCGCAGUUCUGCUCCAUUUCCACCAGAUCUUCCCUGCUGUCACAGCUUCCUAAUCUGCCGAAGUUCGCUAGUGCAGACGGGGAGAAAGAGGAGGAAGAUGCUGCCACUGCUGGAGGCUGGCACCUCUCUGAUAGAAAAUGCCGUGGAGAGAGUGGCGGAGGGCAGUUUGACAUCUACCGUGCUGGUCACUUCAGCUUUUAUCUUGAGUGUGGCGUAUUUCUCUAAAAUGACUUUAAAACAGACCGAAAAUCAGAAGGGUGUGAAAUACCCACCUUAUAUUUAUUCCAGUAUUCCAUUCCUUGGACAUGCAAUUGCCUUUGGAAGAAGUCCAAUUGAAUUCUUAGAAAAUGCAUACUGUAAGUAUGGUCCAGUGUUUAGUUUUACAAUGGUUGGAAAGACAUUUACCUAUUUGCUGGGGAGUGACUCGGCAGCUUUGCUUUUCAACAGUAAAAACGAAGACUUGAAUGCUGAGGAUGUUUACUCCAGGCUGACAACACCAGUGUUUGGCAAAGGAGUUGCUUAUGAUAUCCCAAACCCUAUAUUCUUGGAACAAAAGAAGAUGCUCAAAACUGGUCUGAACAUUGCUCAAUUUAAACAGUACAUCUCUCUGAUUGAAGGGGAAACCCAUGAGUAUUUUAAACGCUGGGGUGAUAGUGGAGUUAAAAAUUUGUUUGAGGCUUUGUCAGAGCUGAUCAUUUUAACAGCUAGCAGUUGCUUACAUGGGAAAGAGAUACGAAAUCUGCUGAAUGAACAGAUUGCACAGCUCUAUGCUGACCUCGAUGGUGGAUUUACCCAUGCUGCCUGGCUUCUUCCUGGUUGGUUACCUCUUCCCAGUUUUAGGCGGAGGGACAGAGCGCACCGAGAAAUCAAGAAUAUCUUCUUUAAGGUAAUCCAGAAACGCAGAGGUUCAAGUGAGAAGGAGAAUGACAUAUUGCAGACCUUAUUGGAGGCCACCUACAAGGAUGGUACCCCUCUAACUGAUGAUGAAAUUGCAGGCUUGCUUAUUGGCCUGUUGUUGGCAGGGCAACAUACUUCCUCCACCACUAGUGCCUGGAUGGGAUUUUUCUUGGCUAAAGACAAAGAGCUUCAGGAACGUUGCUAUGCAGAGCAAAAAACUGUGUGUGGAGAGGAUUUGCCACCACUACACUAUGAUCAGCUGAAGGACAUGAACUUGUUGGAUCGCUGUUUAAAAGAAACGCUGAGGCUCCGUCCUCCAAUAAUGACAAUGAUGAGAAUGGCAAGAACACCACAAACUGUAGCUGGUUACACUAUUCCUCCUGGUCACCAAGUGUGUGUGUCUCCUACUAUCAACCAUAGACUUCAGGAUACUUGGACUAACAGGCUUGAUUUCAACCCAGAUCGCUUUCUUCAAGAUAACCCAGCAGCCCUGCAGAAGUUUGCAUUUGUACCUUUUGGUGCAGGGCGCCAUCGUUGUAUUGGAGAAAACUUUGCAUUUGUACAGAUCAAGACUAUCUGGUCCACUUUAAUUCGAUUGUAUGAAUUUGAUCUUGUUGAUGGAUACUUUCCAACAAUAAAUUACACAACUAUGAUACAUACCCCUAAUAAUCCAGUAAUCAACUACAGGAGGCGAAUACAAUGAGAACUGGAUUAAUAAAAGUAAUUUUAUUGUAUUCAAUUACUCAUUAAGGUUUUGGCCCUAAGAUUUAUUUCACUGAUCUGUUAUAGGUACACAACUAAAAUGUAAAUGAAAUAAUUUAGUACUGAUUAUUUAUAUGUAAGAUGGUACUGUACACCUAUUAAUUUCAUUUUUAGAAUUUUAAAACCCAACUGGUGAGAGACUUUCCCAGCUUGUUUCUUACAAAGUAAGUUCCUUGUGCUAAGAUUCUGAAUCUUGUUUCUAUUAAACAAAAUCAAAUCUCAUUAGACUUCACAACAACGUCAGAUCUUUUAGUAAAUUACAUGCUUUAUUGGUUUACUCAAAUUUAAAAAAUGAAUGUGGGUCCUGUUUUGGCAGUGAUUUAUCACCAGACAUUAAGCAGCUGAUUCAGGCCACUUGUAUUUUAUUGAUUUUAUGAAGUAUAAUUAUGCCCCAUCUUCAAAUAUGAAAUUUUAUGUUGACAUAAUUUGACAUUUUAAUUUCCCUUGUGACAAUUAUUUUUAAAUAAGUACAUUGAGAAAAUGUAGUAAUUUCAUUUUUAUUGUGGUUUUCUUAUAUGGAAAGUGUGGGAACAGGGUUCUAGCAUGAAUAUUAGAAUAAGUAAUUUAAUAUUCAUUUCAUUAUAAUUAUUGAAUGAUAGAAUUUGGACAAAUUUUGGUAUUUCUGAAAGGCUAUAUACCAUGUUGAAAGUUUGAGUCAUAUUUUCCCAACCUCAAGUUGCAGUCACAGUUUAUAGCUUCAGCUGUCUCGUUUACUUGUAAUGUUGGAUAAAAUAAACAGUUGUCUAAUAUGCCAGAUAUUUUGUGAUUAAUGAAAAUUGUUUCAGUGCAACUGUCUACUUCAAGGGGACAUUCUUA